UUGUCGGGCGCUGCCUGGACUCUCAGAGUCCUGCGGGCUGCAGCAGGUCUGAACCCUCCUCUCAUUUCCUCCCACAGCCUCAGAGCUGCUGCUGAAGCCUCCAGCCGGGGUCCUGCGUUAGCUGCCCAGCUGGAACUUUCUGGUGCUGUCAGCAGGGAGCAGCAGAGGAGGAGGAUGUCGGGGCUGGGUGGGCGUGGCCUGAGGUUGGUGGGAGGGGCCCGGUUUACUGUCCUGCGGGUGGUGGGCGGGGCCGAUGGGCGGGGCUUACCGUCUAAGCUGAAAGCAGAACGUGAGGAGUCAGAACCGCCAGAGAGACGGAGAGAGGCAGCAUGGAGGCAGAGCGGAGAGAGGAGCCACACAGCAGCCAGCAUGCCUCUCAAAGCUGUGGAACGAGGACUCCUCCCAUCUAAUCAGCUGUUUAGAAACUGGCCAGUCAAGGUCAGAGGGGGAGUUCUCCUCCCACAGAGGGACCAGGUCUGGGUCCAGGUCUGGGUUCCACGGGCUCUGCUGGGACCAGGUCUGGGUCUUAGAGGCUCUGCUGGGACCACGUCUGGGUCCAGGUCUGGGUCCCAGAGGCUCUGUUUGGACAUGUCCUGCAUUCCUGCUGCUAUCUGUGGAGGAGGGGGGGAGGGCCAGGAGGAGAGGAGGAGGGGCGGAGCCUCAGAGCGCACAGGGCUGCCCCCCCCCGGCCCUCCUCCUGGCUGGCCGCUGUCCCUCCAGGAGAAGCUGGUGGUGCAGCUCUGCCCUCUGGACCCGCUGCUGCUCCGUCCAGGAGACUUCUACCUGCUGGUCGCCCCCCCCGCCACGCCGCCUCCCGAUUGGCCAGCUCCCGCCAUCACGCCGUCUCCCGAUUGUCCAGCUCCCGCCGCCACGCCGCCUCCUGAUUGGCCGGCCGGCGCCCCCUGCGGCCGGACGGCGGCGCCCCGCCUGCUGCUGUGCAGCCGGGCGGCCGGCGGGCGCCAUGCGGAGCGCCAGCCGGUGGCGGGCGGCGCUCUGGGCGCGGUCUUCAGCAUGGCCUGGCUGGACACCGUCAACAGGGAGCGCCAGCGGCGGGGAGCGGCGCCGCUGCGGCGCUGCCUGCUCGCCGCCCCCCGGGGCGUCUCCAGGGUCCCCUGGGAGGACCUGGUCUACCCACAGCUCAGGGCCGGACCCCCCCUCCAGGAGCCCCGCCCACCGCCUGCCCACCCCGGCCAAUCGGCUGCCAGCGGCGAGGACUCGGAGGGGGAGUAUGUGGAGCUGGUGGAGCUGCCCCGGUUCGGCCCCCACAAAGGCUCCCUGACCCAGUCCAUCAGCCAGCAGAACCGGGCCAGAACCAGAACCCGGACCCAAGCCAGGCCCUCCAAGGCUGGGUCUGAUACCCCAACGCUGCUCCUGGAGGAGGACCACUGCUCCUCCUCUGCUCCUCAGAGGCCAGAACCACCUGAAGUACUCGGACCAGAACCCAGAACCGGGUCAGAACAGGGAGGUGAGGAGGAGCAAGGGAGGGGGGAGGCGCAGAAGGAAGAGAUGAGGACGGAGGAGGGGCAGAGGGAGCAGAGGGAUGAAAAGAGGAGGAGGGAGGAGGAGCCGAGGGAUGAGAAAAGAUGGGAGGAGGAGCAGAGGGAGAGGAGGGGGGAGGAGCAGAGGGAUGAACUGAGGGAGCAGGAGGAGCAGAGGGAUGAGCUGAGGAGGGAGGAGGAAGAGCAGAGGAGUAGGGAGGAGCAGAGAGAUGAGAGGAGGAGGAAUGAGGAGCAGAGGGAUGAGCUUAGGAGGGGGGAGGAGGAGCAGCGGGAUGGCAGUGGCAGGAGGAGGGAGGAGCAGAGGGGGGAGGAGUGGGUUAGUGAGGACCAACAGGUACAGGAGCAGGAGAGGUGGGGAAAGGAGGACGGGGAGCAAAGGGAGGAGACGGAUGUAGUAGAAGGAAUGGGUGGAGGUGGGAAACUGGAGGAAGGAGCUGAGGAGGAGAAGGUUCAGGUCACGGUCACGAAGAAUGAUCAAGGAGAGGAAGUGCAGCCGGGAGGAGAGGAGCAGGGAGGAGCGAGCGUCACUGAGCGUGCUCCGUCGCCACGGAAACCUCUGGAGGAGCAGCGCUGUGAGGAAGCUGCAGGAGGAAGAUCUGAGGAGCCUCCUGCUGAAGAAGUCGGCCCGCCUGGUGCUGCCGAACCAGAACCACCAGCAGUCCAGUCCUCCGGGUCCAGGUUCUACAGCCUGCUGCUGAGGUCUGCAGCCGUUUGUCUGCCUGGCAGAGUUGCCUGGGCCCCGCCCCGUUAUGUGACCACGCCCCCUUUACAUAUCCCCACCCGUUUAUUUGGGCCCUGCCCCCUUUAUAAUAGCCCCGCCCUCUUUCUAUGGGCCCCGCCGCUUCCUUAUUGGGCUCUGGGGGGAAUAAACUCUUCAGCUGGAGUCACAGCAAGAGACCGAGGAGGAGCUGCUGUGCUCACCGCCUGCUGCUCCCACGCCGUCUGGUCGGACCCCGACUGCCACAGCGCCGAGCUGCUGCGCCUCCUGCUCUACUACAGCUCCACCCUCAGUGAGGAGGUGCGAGCGUUGGGGCUGACGGUGCUGCUGGACGCCCGCAGAGCUGCUCCUGCCGCCGCCCUGUUCUCAGCCCUGUGGUCACUGCAGGAGGACUCUCCAGGCUCCAUCCGCUCGGUUCUGAUCCUGGUCAGCAAAGACUGGACUCUGCGUGUGGACCAACGUGCGGCCCAGAGAGUGGAGCGGCUGACCAGCCAGUGUCAGGACGCCAUCGACCUGCUGCAGAAGGCCAUCAACGUCCUGCAGAGCACACCUGUGCCUGCCGCCACCCAGGUAACCGACCAGCAGCAGAGGCUUCUCGAGGCCCAGGUCCUCAGUAUCGCUUUGGACGCCGAGCUGCUGCUGUCCGGCUGCAGAGCCGUGAUGAGCGGCAUCCUGGCCGACAGCCGAUUGGUCCAGCUGCAGCAGGAGGGCGGGGCCUCGCUGGCCUGGCUGCGGCGGGAGGAGGGCGGGGCCUCGGGGGAGCAGCGGGCGGCGCUGGCGGCGGCGGCGGCGCUGUACGAGCAGGUGGACGAGCUGCUGCACCGCCUGGUGACACUCUCCAACACCAGGACCCAGGAGCUCCGCUUCAUGCUGGACUUCAGGAGAUUGGAGCAGGACUUCAGCCAGGUGACGGCGUGGCUCGAGCAGGUCGGGGAGCCCCGUCUGCAGACUCUGGAGGAACCAGCGGAUUCUCUGGAGCGCUGCAGCAGAAACCAGCAGGACUUCAGGGACUUCCAGAGAGCAGCUUGUGUACGCAGUGCAUGCUGGGAAAUGCUGCUGGGCUGGUCGGUUCUGUGGUGGUUCUGGUGUGAUUAUGGGUGGGUUAAGGACCAGUGCCAACGGGCCGAGGCGCUGCUGGCCCGGUUGGACUGCUGGGAGGACGUCUCCUCUGCUGACCUCCACGUCUACGAGGUCAAAGUUCACGCCUUCUGGGCCCGAAUGCAGGAUUUCUCUGAGCGGGUCAACAGAACCGGGAAGAACAUCGAGCGGGCCGUCCGCCUCCACAGCUUCCUGGACCAGGUACUGGUCUGGGGCUCCACGGUUCCUGGGGGGUCUGACAGUCAAGGGUCCAGAGUCUUAGGGUCCAGAGUCUGGAUCCAGCUGCUAAUCCAGCUGCUGGCCUGCCUUCUGGCUGCUGUUCUUUGUGACCAGGCCUCUGGGUGGGCGUUGGAGGCCAUGCGCUGCCUGGCCGGGGUCAGCAUGGAGGACUGCACGGCGCCAGACAAGUGCAGCGCUGUGAUUGGCUGCCUGGAGGACUACCAGCGGAGCCAUCCGCCCAUCCCAGAGGAACUUUUCCAGCUCAUGAUGGCGGAGGCCAGCGAGCUGCUGGGCGAGCGCGGCGUGCGCCAGCUGGGCGCCGCCCAGUCCAGCUGUCAGGAGGCCCAGACGGCGCUCCGCCACAGGCUGGAGGUGGCGCUGCGGACCAGAGGCUCCGCCCACAGGCGCCGCUCCGACUCCGCCGUCAGCAGGAGCUCCUCGUGGAGGACCCUCUCCUCUGAGGAGUCAGCCGACCGGUUGGCCCCGCCCCCGUCCCACUUUAGCUCCUCCCCCGACCAACUAUCCCCGCCGCCGUCCCGCUUCAGAUCCUCCGCAGACCCACUAGCCCCGCCCCUAUUUCACAUUGGCUCCUCCCCAGGCCAGGUGGCUCCGCCCACGUCCCACAUUUGCUCCUCCCCCGACCAACUAGCUCCGUCCCCAUCCCACUUAAGCUCCUUCCCUGACCAACUGGCCCCUCCCAUAUUUCGCGUCGGCUCCUCCCCCGACCAUAUAGCCCCGCCCCUCCCUCGCCUCAGCUCCUCCCCCAGCCUCAGCCCCCUCCCCGGCUGCAGGAGGCAGCUGCUCAGAAAGACCCAGAGCCUGGACUCCGGCCCUGAGGCGUCCCGUCUCCCGGCCCCCGCCCUCAGCGAGCCGGCGCGCCGCGGCAACACCGGCGUCUUCAUCCGCGGCCUGGAGGUCAGCAGCACCGAGGCGGCCAGCCGGAGCCCCAGGUCGGUGCCCUACAGCUGGGCUGGAGACACCAGGACACCCCCUCACAGCUGGGCUGGAGACACCAGCCCCAGGACGCCAGCGACGCCAGACCCCGCCCCCAGCAGGCUGUGCCACAUCGUGGAGGAGAUGGUGACCACGGAACGGGAGUACGUGCGCUCGCUGCGCUACGUCCUGCGUCACUACGUCCCGGAGCUGCAGCGCGCCGACCUGCCACAGGGCCUUCGGGGCCAGCGCGCGGCGCUGUUCGGAAACCUGGAGAAGCUGCUGGACUUCCACAGCCAGUUCUUCCUACGGGAGCUGGAGGCGUGCUGGAAGCACCCGCUGAGGGCGCCGCACUGCUUCCUGAGACACCAGGAGCAGUUCAGCCUCUACGCCCUGUACAGCAGGAACAAGCCCCGCUCCGACACCCUGCUCGCCGCCCACGGCCACGCCUUCUUCAGGAGGAAGCAGCUGGAGCUGGGAGAUAAGCUGGACCUGUCGUCCUACCUGCUGAAGCCCAUCCAGAGGAUGGGGAAGUACGCCCUGCUGCUCACCGACCUCAUGAGGGAGGUGGGCGGGGCCCAGGAGGCGGAGCUAACCGCACUGCAGGCUGCCACCAGCAUGGUCAAGUUCCAGCUUCGCCACGGCAACGACCUGCUGGCCAUGGACGCCAUCCGGGACUGUGAUGUGAACCUGAAGGAGCAGGGCCAGCUGAUCCGUCAGGAUGAGUUCACUGUCUGCAGUGGCCUUCGGAAGUGUCAGCGUCGUGUCUUCCUCUUCGAGCUCUGGAUCCGGAGGCGGAGCUCCAGGAACCAGAGCUUCAUCCUGCAGGCCUCCACAGCCGAUGCCAAGCGGGUCUGGACCCAAGACCUGACCCGGAUCCUGUGGGGCCAGGCCACCCGCAGCAAAGGUGGGGGGAGGCAGGACCGGGUCUGGCAGAACCAGCAGAACUGGGUCAGCAGCACCAGAACCGGCUCUCUGUGUGCAGAGCUGCGUCUGAAGGAGCUGCUGGCGAUGGGCGUCGGCAGCCGGCCGCUUCUGGACCUCCAGCCCAGCGAGGCGGCCAUCAGCGACCGGGCCGUCAACAUGACGACAAGAGAACCUGAACAGAGCCGGAACACAACCUGA